UUCACGCUUCCUGUUCGGUUCGCAGCCUUCUGGAGGUUUGUGAGGCUCUGGGUCCAGCAGGGUCGCCAGCGCUUCUCCUGGGUUCGGCUCCGCCUUGUGAGAUCCCAGGGGCCUGGGCGCGGGCCAGAGCGGGGAGCAGCAAGGAGCCACAAUGGGCCCCGAGUUCCUCACCGGCAGGCCCCCCCAGGAAUCAGUGACCUUCAAGGAUGUGGCUGUGGACUUCACCUGGGAGGAGUGGGGCUACUUGGAUACCUCCCAGAAGGAGCUUUACUGGGAGGUGAUGCUGGAGAACUACAGGAACCUGGUCAGCCUGGAUGGUGACACUAGGCCUCAGAUCAAGGAGUCAACUCCAAAGUUCAGUAUUUCUAUGGAACCCUUAUCCCAGCAAAGGUCCCUGUGGGAUGACUCAUGCUUCUCCAAGAUGGGAAAAGCCCAGGAGUAUUAUGGCGUGAUAAAGAAAGAACAGAGCAAUGAGGAGAAGCAUUCUGGACAAGGAAAAGUAAUCCAAACAGAAACUGGCAAUGCAGUCAGAGGCUCUUUAUACAGUAGAUACAGCCACACUACUAGUCCAGAGCUAGUCCUUUUUCCACAACAAGAAUUAUCUGUAGUUCUGAAUCUUCAUAAGAGUGAUAACCAGAGAAGGAGCUUCACCAUGGAGUCAGAUCAAAGACGACAUAAUCAAAUCUAUUCACUGACAUAUUCUAUGGUUAACACGUGUCAGAAAGCUUUCGUUUAUGAUUUAGAUUGCAUUAGAAAACAUGGAAUUUGUGCUGAAGAGCAGCUUCAUGAAAGUGGGUAUUCUUUCCUCCCAAAUAAUGAAUUUACUUUAUACCAGAGAACUCAUGUAGGAAAAAAAUGUUCUGAAUUGACCAAAUGUGGGAAGACACGACAUCAGAAGGCAGAUCAUACUCAACACACUGGUAUUGAUAGUCAAGACAAAUCUUACAAAUGCAGUGAAUGUGGAAAGGUCUUCUGGCAAAAGGUAAAUCUUACACAGCACUACAGAAUUCAUACUGGAGAAAGACCUUUCAAAUGCAGUUACUGUGGAAAGGCCUUCCACCAGAAGACAAAUCUUAUGCAACAUUAUAGGAUUCAUACUGGAGAAAAACCUUUUAAAUGCAAUGAUUGUGGCAAAGCCUUUCCUCGGAGCACAACACUGACUCGACAUCGGAGAAUUCACACUGGAGAGAGACCUUAUGAAUGCAAUGAAUGUGGGAAGACAUUCUAUUUAAGCUCUAACCUUACUCAGCACCGGAGUACUCAUACAGGAAUAAAACCUCAUCAAUGCAGGGUUUGUGGGAAGGCUUUCUCUCACAAGUCCAAUCUUACCAGCCACAGUAGUAUUCAUACUGGAGAGAAACCAUAUGAAUGCACUGAAUGUGGAAAGAUCUUUCGCCAGAAGUCAGAUCUUAGACAACACUUCAGCAUUCAUACUGGAGAGAAACCAUUUAAAUGUAGUGAUUGUGGGAAAGGCUUUCCCCGCAGUGCAGCACUGGCUCGACAUCAGAGAACUCACACUGGAGAGUGACCCUGUGAAUGCAAUGAAAGUGGAAAGGCCUACACCCAGAAUUCACAUCUUUCAUUACAUAAGAGAAUACAUACCAGAGAGAAACCUUAAGAAUGUGAUUAAUGUGGGAAGGCUUCCCCCAGAUCAGAGCACAUAGAACUCAUGAUGGAGAGAAACCUCAUUAACUUAAUCACUGAAGCAGAACACUCUGGUGGGCUGAUCUGGAUUAAAAUGUAAUAGGGAAAUAUUCAAAAAAAUAAAACCACAAUAAAACAUAGAUGAUA